AUUUUUUGAUUUUUCCUCUUCUUGUCUCCCUACUUUCUUGUCUAUAUAUUAAAACCCCGCCUUGUGUCAGAUACAUAUACUCAGAUCUCCAUCUGAGAGCAAUAAAAUUCUUCAUCGGUUGAGCGACCCGCCAACUAUCCGACCCGUAUACGAAUGGCGAACCCAUCUUCUUCAGUUCCCGCGACACCACUGCUGAAAGAUGAGCUCGAUAUUGUGAUCCCCACAAUCCGAAACCUGGAUUUCUUGGAGCAGUGGAGGCCGUUCUUCCAGCCGUACCAUCUUAUCAUCGUUCAAGACGGAGACCCGUCGAGGACGAUCCAGGUACCAGAUGGGUUCGACUACGAGCUUUACAACCGCAAUGACAUCAACCGGAUUCUGGGUCCCAAAGCCUCCUGCAUUUCCUUCAAGGACUCCGCUUGCCGCUGCUUUGGUUACAUGGUCUCUAAGAAGAAGUACAUCUACACUAUUGAUGAUGACUGCUUUGUUGCCAAAGAUCCAUCUGGGAAAGAAAUCAAUGCACUAGAGCAGCACAUCAAGAACUUGCUGUCCCCCGCAACACCGUUUUUCUUCAACACUUUGUAUGAUCCAUACCGAGAUGGUGCAGAUUUUGUCCGCGGAUACCCAUUCAGUCUCCGUGAAGGUGCACCGACUGCUGUCUCACAUGGACUUUGGCUUAAUAUACCUGACUAUGAUGCGCCUACCCAGCUUGUCAAACCUCGCGAAAGAAACACUAGGUAUGUUGAUGCAGUUUUGACAAUACCAAAAGGCACUCUCUUUCCCAUGUGCGGUAUGAAUUUGGGAUUUGACCGUGAACUGAUUGGCCCUGCUAUGUAUUUCGGACUCAUGGGCGAUGGCCAGCCCAUCGGACGUUAUGAUGACAUGUGGGCUGGGUGGUGCAUCAAGGUGAUCUGUGACCACUUUGGGUGGGGUGUAAAGACCGGGCUGCCCUACAUCUGGCACAGCAAAGCAAGCAACCCAUUUGUGAACCUGAAGAAGGAAUACAAGGGCAUUUACUGGCAAGAGGAGAUCAUCCCAUUUUUCCAGUCCGUCACCCUCCCAAAGGACUGCAACACAGUCCAGAAAUGUUACCUUGAGCUCUCCAAACAAGUAAAGGCCAAGCUGGGCAAGGUUGAUGAUUACUUCACCAAUCUAGGAGAUGCCAUGGUUACAUGGAUCGAAGCUUGGGAUGAGCUUAACCCAACUGGCCCUGCCUUGAAGGCUAAGUUGCCCAAUGGAGCCCCCUCCAAUUAAGCUGGCAUCAUACAUGUAUUAGAGAAUUAAUCCCAACUAUGUUCGGUUGGUAAUGUUGAAUUUAUUAUGUUGUCACACUAUCUUUUAUAUGUAGGGAGUAUCGUUUUUUUAAUUUAAAAAACUACAUGUUUUGAUGCCUGAAUUUAAUUUAAUACACUGAGUAUGUUCUUGGCGAG